UCUACCCCAUAUAAACGGGUGAUGCAACUCUACGCUGGUAUCUGUAAGUUUCCCUUCAGAGUAAACUGGAACCGAAGUAAAGCGUUUCGUGUUCUCCAAAUUGCCUUAAACGUCACACUAACUUGAAGUCACCAUAAUGAUGCUUCAGCAUCCUGGACUGGGUCCCUCGGAGAUCAGCGCGUCUGCCUUGGUACCCUGUCUGUCUCCGCCGGGCUCACUUACGCUGGAGGACUUCACCAACUUCACGCCGCUCGUCAAAGAAGAGCUACGCUUUGCUAUCCAGAACAAACGUCUGUCGAACGGACUGAGCACAGUCAUGAGCGACUGCAUCAGCUCGAGCUCGGAUAGAUCCACCGAGCCCCCACUUAAGAAGGAGGUGACCACAGCAGACACUGACAGGAGGAAAAGAAGACGAGAAAGGAACAAGAUAGCUGCUGCUAAAUGUCGGAAUAAGAAGAAGGAGAAGACUGAUGGCCUACAGAAGGAGUCGGAGAAGCUGGAGUCCAUCAACUCGGAGCUGAAGGCCCAGAUCGAGGAGCUGAAGAACCAGAAGCAGCAGCUGGUCUACAUGUUGAACCUCCACCGACCCACGUGCAUCGUCCGGGCCCAGAACGGCCAGACGCCAGAGGACGAGAGGAACCUCUUCAUCCAGCAGAUCAAAGAAGGGGCCCUCCAAGGCCUGAUGCUGCCCUCCCCCGUGCUCACCCACCCCUCAGUGCCCACCUCGUGUGGGUCCCACUGACUCACAGACUGCAGGGGAAGCCUGGCCCCCCUGGCCGCUACCUGCUGGUGAAAAGCCCUUCCGUCAGAGCACUUUCCAUUCGUAACCUUAGCGACUGCUGCCGACUCAAACCCGGGACUGACAUCACAAGGUGAUCCUCCCUUCCACGUCCCGAAGUCACCGUGUGACCACAGCGCGUCAAGGAACCAUCAUGGCACUAAAGAAGAAAAAAAAGUUUUUUUUGUUGAUAUUUUUUAUUGCUAUUAUUAUUACGAUUACAAUCUUUACUUAACUUUUACACUUUUGUCUGUGGUUACUCACUGUGUGUGUUUGUCUGAAGUGUUGCAAACGUGUGAUUUCUGGCUGUCUCAGAGAGCAAAGGGCAUUGAGUUCGUAGGUCAGAUGAUUGUUUACGCAGUGAGAGAUUGCCUGUCUAGUUGAAUGCAAGCACUACACUGGAGGAUCUUCCUAAGGAACGCAGUUUGUACUGAAAGAUUGACGUGUCCGGGAGAUGAUUAUGAUGAUGACGAUGAUGAUAUUGUUGACUGUUAUUUAUGUUAUUGUGUACUUAUGUGAGACAGAGAGGCCUUGCCUCCCCCGUCAGGCAACUGUAUGAGUUCUUGCCCUGCGCAUCUUUUCUGCUGUGUCCUUUGUGGCUUUCAGUGGAAGCUGCCUCACUUUGCCUAUCAGAAGCUGCUACUAAUCCCUCAGGAAGUGUGUGUGUUGUAGGAGCCCCAGCCAUGCAGGUGACGGUACAUUCAGACGGCAGGAUCUCUUAUACGGCACAAGCGCUAGGCUUGCUCGCUCUGAGGCUUGAGGGUCAGCAUUUCCACAAGACAGAGGCCUGAUCCUCAGGACCACACAACACCAACACCACCACCCUCCACCUUAUGGAGUGAGUGCAUGCGCAUUGCCAAGCCAGUCAGUACUCUAGCCUAUAGAGCCCUAAAGGAAGAUGUUAGGUUUGUCGGUUUAUGGAUCAUUAGUAUUAAAAAGCUGCAUAUUACAGGCCUGUGAUGUCGUCCUCACUUUAGGUUGACAUUGAAGUGAGGACGAUUUCACGUAGACUCCACAACAGGAAGGGAAUUGAAGAAAGCACAUAUAGCUUUUUUUUGUCAGAAUUAUGAAUGAACUACCGCCCCUCAUGGUCUAUAACAAGAGCUUGUAAUACAUGUAUUCAUUGUACCAUGUAUAGACUAUUGUUGUGUUUGAUAAGUCAUAAGGUAUCAACCGCUGUAUUUGUGGGCAGUGUAUUUCAGAGCACACACUAUGCUGAACUGUUGAUCUUUUAUUUCAUAUGUUGUGAAUACAACUGAAAUAAAUGGCUUCAGGCUGUGUUCUCCCUGC